AGCAAGCGCCCUGCCUACUCUGAGCCUCUCUCUCGCUCCCUCUUUGACCUCAGACUCUUCCUGACACGCUAUAAACACCGACACAAACAACAUCUCUUGACGCACCAGCGACUCAAGCUUCUCCUCAAUACAUUACAACAACCUCUAUCCCACUCUCUAAACCCAGCACAUCAACUCUCAUAUCACCAAGACCAAAAAAUGGCUUCCUCUUCCUGCUCUUCUCCUACCUCAGACCACACUGUCGCUGAAUCCUCUUCUCGGGCAAUUGUUGAGAAAGACCACGCCUUGAACUUCUCCCGACUCGUCAACGGCUUCGAUAAAACCCGCGAAAACAUGAAGAACGCGUUCAGCACCAAUCCGCGCCUCCUGUCCGACCUGACUUCCACCAUCACAACGAAAAUCCAAGCGGCUCUCGGGAAACAGAUCGACGCCAACACAGAUAUCCAACCCAGACAAUUGAAGUACGAACUGGAGGAGGAACUCCUGGCAAUCCACCGCCGCCACGAUGCACCCACCACCAUCACCCAGACGGUUGACGAAGCCAACAAGCUGCACUUCGGCCAGCAUUUCGGCGGCAACGGUCCCCCUCCUUACGAUGCCGACGGUGCGAUUUCCAAGGAGCUGGGAAAAAUCAGGCGGCUUCGCCGUCGUUUCCCAGGCAGUAAGGGCACGGCAGUCAAGCCAGCCGUCGAGAAGUCUGCCCGGGCUCCCCGGCAGAAGAAGAGCAAGCCCACUGCGGUGGCAGUCUCUCCUCGUCGCACCCGUGCGGCUUCUCGGCGCGAGGCCGCUGCUGCCGUUGCUCCUGCUGCUGCGGCUCCUUCUCCUCCUCCCUCAGCUGCUGCUGAGCUCCCCCCUUCCCCUUCUCCAGAGGCCACCGAUGGUCUCUCGGUUCUCGCCUCCGCCGCUGCGGUUGUCGGAGCUGCUCCCGCUGGGAAGCGUAAGCGGGAUGAUGAGAGUGGCGCCUCAUCAUCCAAGCGCGCUCGGACAGUUGUGCCAUCUGAAGGUUUCGCUGAGAUUCCUUCAGCUGGUACACUGCUCCACAUGACUACCGCUGAGGUAUUCAUGGCCGGUGUGGAGUACGCUGUCGGCAACGCCGGUGCCUCUACUCAGGCCAAUGAUAGGAUGCGUGCCUUCGUGCUGGCAAAACUUGGAGAGAUUUUGUAA